AUGCGAGAUAUUCGACCUUACACCGCCCAACUUCCAUGUUGUCGUGACCGUUUCGGAGAGCAAGCUUGUCAAUCACUUAGGAAAGCUCAACCGGCUCUCUUCGAGAAGAGAUGCCUGACGGAUCACGACUUCAGUUCCAUCGAUUGUUGUGGAGAGUGUCGGAAAUACAUUGAGAGAAAUAAGAUAAGCUCGGAAAACUCUCGCUCACUUCAAAAGGCUCCUGCAAUGUGUAAAGACAAACAUUCCAUCGGAUUCUGUCGACGAUUCAAAGCUUCUGGAAUGGGAAAAUACAGUUGUUCAGAUGCUGAGUUUGCAGUCAGAGUGUGCCGUCAUUCGUGUGGAUACUGUAACGAUGAGCUGUAUUCCAUGAAGAAUGCUCCAUCGAUGUGCUCGGAUACCAAUAAAGCAAUUCCGAUUGUGAAUGGUACCCAUUUAUACUGGGCGUUUGGAAGAGAGGAUACGAAAAAGGCUCUUUAA